CGUCCGGGACAGACAAGCGGGCGGGCGCUGACGCCGCGGGGCCGAAGCGGGCCGCGCGGGAGCGCGCGGAGAGAGUGUCGGCGCCGUCGGUCGCCGUCGGGGAUCCGGGGGUCCCCGAUCUGCUCGUGGGUCUGCUAUGGCGGGCGCCAGGCCCGGCGUCCAUGCGCUGCAGCUGGAGCCCGCUACUGUGGUGGAGACCCUGCGGCGGGGGAGUAAGUUCAUCAAAUGGGACGAGGAGACCUCCAGUCGGAACCUGGUGACCCUACGUGUGGACCCCAAUGGCUUCUUUUUGUACUGGACAGGACCCAACAUGGAAGUGGACACACUGGACAUCAGCUCCAUCAGGGACACACGGACGGGACGUUAUGCUCGCCUGCCCAAGGACCCCAAGAUCCGGGAAGUGCUUGGUUUUGGGGGUCCUGAUACCCGGCUGGAGGAGAAGCUAAUGACGGUGGUGGCUGGGCCAGACCCAGUAAACACCACGUUCUUGAACUUCAUGGCGGUGCAGGAUGACACAAUCAAGGUCUGGUCUGAGGAGCUGUUUAAGCUGGCUAUGAACAUCCUGGGUCAGAAUGCCUCUCGGAACACCUUCCUUCGGAAAGCAUACACGAAGCUGAAGCUGCAGGUGAACCAGGAUGGAAGGAUUCCUGUCAAGAACAUCCUGAAGAUGUUCUCAGCAGACAAGAAGCGGGUGGAGACAGCGCUGGAGUCCUGUGGCCUCAAUUUCAAUCGGAGUGAGUCCAUCCGGCCUGAUGAAUUUUCCCUGGAAAUCUUCGAGCGGUUCCUGAAUAAGCUGUGUCUUCGGCCAGACAUUGACAAGAUCCUGCUGGAGAUAGGUGCCAAGGGCAAGCCAUACCUGACGCUGGAGCAGCUCAUGGACUUCAUCAACCAGAAGCAAAGGGAUCCAAGACUCAAUGAAGUGCUGUACCCGCCCCUGCGGCCCUCCCAGGCCCGGCUGCUCAUCGAGAAGUAUGAACCUAACCAGCAGUUCCUGGAGCGUGACCAGAUGUCUAUGGAGGGCUUCAGCCGCUACCUGGGAGGGGAGGAGAAUGGCAUCCUGCCCCUGGAAGCUCUGGAUCUGAGCAUGGACAUGACACAGCCACUGAGCGCCUACUUCAUCAAUUCCUCACACAACACCUACCUCACAGCGGGGCAGCUGGCCGGGACCUCGUCGGUGGAGAUGUACCGCCAGGCGCUGCUGUGGGGCUGCCGCUGUGUGGAGCUGGAUGUGUGGAAGGGAAGGCCACCCGAGGAGGAGCCCUUCAUCACCCAUGGCUUCACCAUGACCACUGAGGUGCCACUGCGUGACGUACUCGAGGCUAUUGCCGAGACUGCCUUCAAGACCUCACCCUACCCCGUCAUCCUCUCCUUCGAGAACCAUGUGGACUCGGCAAAGCAGCAGGCCAAGAUGGCCGAGUACUGCCGCUCCAUCUUUGGGGAUGCACUGCUUAUUGACCCACUGGAUAAGUACCCGCUGGCUUCGGGCAUCCCCCUGCCCAGCCCCCAGGAGCUGAUGGGCCGCAUCCUGGUGAAGAACAAGAAGCGGCACCGACCCAGCACGACUUACUCUGUGCGCAAGCGGCCACUGGAGCAGAGCAACUCAGCCCUAAGUGAGAGCUCCGCUGCUACCGAGCCCUCUUCUCCUCAGCUAGGGUCCCCCAGCUCUGACAGCUGCCCAGGCCUGAGCAAUGGGGAAGAAGUGGGGCUUGAGAAGCCCAGCCUGGAGCCCCGGAAGUCUCUAGGUGAAGAGAGCCUGAACCGGGGCUCAGAUGUUCUUGGGCCUGCUGACCGUGAGGAGGAGGAUGAGGAGGAGGAGGAGGAAGAACAAACAGAUCCCAAAAAGCCAACUACAGAUGAGGGCACAGCCAGCAGUGAGGUCAACGCCACUGAGGAGAUGUCAACUCUUGUCAACUAUGUUGAGCCCGUCAAGUUCAAGUCUUUUGAGGCUGCUCGCAAAAGGAACAAGUGCUUUGAGAUGUCCUCCUUUGUGGAGACCAAAGCCAUGGAGCAGCUGACCAAGAGCCCCAUGGAGUUUGUGGAAUACAAUAAGCAGCAGCUCAGCCGCAUCUACCCCAAGGGCACCCGUGUGGACUCUUCCAACUACAUGCCCCAGCUCUUCUGGAAUGUGGGCUGCCAGCUCGUGGCACUGAACUUCCAGACCCUGGACUUACCAAUGCAGCUCAAUGCAGGUGUGUUUGAGUACAAUGGGCACAGUGGGUACCUGCUGAAGCCUGAGUUCAUGCGGCGACCGGACAAAUCCUUUGACCCCUUCACGGAAGUUAUUGUGGAUGGCAUUGUGGCCAAUGCCUUGCGGGUCAAGGUGAUCUCGGGGCAGUUCCUGUCCGACAGGAAGGUGGGCAUCUACGUGGAGGUGGACAUGUUCGGACUUCCUAUUGAUACACGGCGCAAAUACCGCACUCGGACGUCUCAGGGAAACUCCUUCAACCCUGUCUGGGACGAGGAGAUCUUUGAGUUCCCCAAGGUGGUGCUACCCACGCUGGCUUCACUUCGCAUUGCAGCCUUUGAGGAGGGCGGCAAGUUUGUGGGACACCGGAUCCUGCCUGUCUCUGCUAUCCGCUCAGGGUACCACUAUGUCUGCUUGCGCAACGAGGCCAACCAGCCACUGUGCUUGCCGGCCCUGCUCAUCUACACUGAGGCCUCGGACUACAUCCCGGGUGACCGCCAGGACUAUGCAGAGGCCCUGAUCAACCCCAUCAAGCAUGUCAGCCUAAUGGACCAGCGGGCCAAGCAGCUGGCUGCCCUCAUUGGGGAGAGUGAGGCUCAGGCUGGCACAGAGGCAUGUCCGGAGGCCCAGUCCCAGCAGCUGGGCUCCCAGCCACCCUCAAACCCUCCACCUAGCCUGCUGGACACCUCCCCACGCCGGCCCCCUGGAUUGACCACCUCCCCCACAAGCACAUCUCUCAGCAGCCCAGGGCAGCGGGAUGAUUUCAUUGCCAGCAUCCUCUCAGAGGUGGCUCCCACUGCCCUGGGCGAGCUUCGAGGCCACAAGGCUUUGGCAAAGCUCCGGAGCCGGCAAGAGCGAGACCUGAGGGAGCUAUGCAAAAAGCAUCAGCGGAAGGCGAUUGCCCUGACCCGCCGCCUGCUCGAGAGCCUGGCCCAGGCCCAACACGCACCUGGUGCCCUGGGUGGGGCCGCUGACUUGGAGGACAUGGAGGAGGAGGAGGUGAAGCAGUACAGAGAAUUCCAGAACAGGCAGGUGCAGAGCCUGCUGGAACUAAGGGAGGCCCACGCAGAUGUGGAGGCUGAGCGGAGGCUGGAGCACCUGAGACAGACUCAGCAGCGACUCAGAGAGAUCGUACUGGAGGCACACACAACUCAGUUCAAGCGGCUGAAGGAGACGAAUGAGAGAGAGAAGAAGGAGCUACAGAAGAUCCUGGAUAGGAAGCGCCACAACAGUAUCUCAGAAGCUAAGACGAGGGAGAAACAUAAGAAGGAGGCGGAACUGACGGAGAUUAACCGGCGGCACAUCACCGAGUCAGUCAAUGCCAUCCGUCGGCUGGAGGAGGCCCAAAAGCAGCGGCAUGACCGCCUGGUGGCUGGGCAGCAGCAGGUCCUACAGCAGCUGGCAGAAGAGGAGCCUAAACUGCUGGCCCAGCUGACCCAGGAGUGUCAGGAGCAGCGGGCGAGGCUGCCCCAGGAGAUCCGCCGGAGCCUGCUGGGCGAGAUGCCCGAGGGGCUGGCGGAUGGAUCCCUGGUGGCCUGUGCCAGUAAUGGUCAUGCACCCGGGAGCAGUGGGCACCUAUCUGGUGCUGACUCUGAGAGCCAGGAGGAGAACACGCAGCUCUGAACUGGCUGAGCAAGAGAUGAAGAAACAGGUCCUGAGUGGAAGUUACAAGUGCUGGGCAACAACUGACUGGAGAUAUCCUAACCCGGAGGCAGGGCAGCCUGGACCUUCUAUGGCCCACUGUCUUCAGCCAGCCUAGAGGACCUGCUCCAUGCUCUGGACCAACGUGGAGCCACAGAGACCCCCACAGUAGGGGUGCAAGGGUGCGGCCACUCUGAAGCAGGGUCAGGCUGGCACCUCUUCAAGGCCUCUCCCUGCUUCCUGUCCCUUCCUAGGCUGGCGGCUCCCUCCUCCAGAGGAAGGCAACCUCUUAUCUGCACUUAUCUCCUGCCAAUAGAGUGUUUGCUUUGCUUUGUUUUUGCUGCAGCCUCAGGCAAACAGAUGAGGUGGAGAGGCCAGAGAAAUAGGGUGGCCAGAGCAGGGCCUUCCCAGGGCUGGGACCUCUGCCCUGGGGCCUUCCUCAGAGUCCAAUACCAUUCCCAGGCCUUUCUCUGCCUGUAAGACUUCUUCCUUUCCCCAAAUCUGCUGGCUUAGCCCCCCAGCAGCAACUCUCAUUUCUCUGACUGGCCAAGUUCCAUUUGCCCAAACACUCUAAGUUGGUUCUGGGUCCUCAAAACCCAGCUUAACUCCAAACUCUCGGCAGUGCCCUGUGAGGCCCUCAGAAUCCUAGCCCUUGCUGUCUCAUAUCCCUCCCUGGGUCCACUCUGACUCUGCAGGCAUCACGGUCCCAGCCCCCACCCCACCUUUUCUGUCAGGUAACUACUCAAGGUUACCACCUCCCUGCCUCCCCUAUUCCAGGCAGUAUCGAAGUUCAUCUGUAUCCUAAGCACAAAGUACUGGCAGGGCCUAACCGGGCGCCAAUAAAUCUUUUGGAACUGUG